AUGCCGUCCGCUCAGGUAGACACGCCAAGCGCCGCCGGAGACAACAUCCGCGGCGGCAACCCGAAAGCACAGACGCGCUGCCUGAAGCCCUUGGUGUACUCGGGCUCCUUGGAGAAGUACACUUAUGCGGACGUGACCCCGGUCAUUGGUCGUGAGUUUAAAGGCCUCCAGGUGACGGAGCUACUUUCUGCGGACGAUUCGGUCAUUCGGGAUCUCGCAUGCACCAUCUCUCAGCGAGGAGUGGUCUUCCUUCGCGAUCAAGAGGUGACGCCGGAACAGAUGAAGCAGUUCUGCCUGCGCUUGACCGACAUUGCUGGAUGUCCCGAGUCGUCAGGUCUCCAUGUUCAUCCCUUGACAGAAGAGGGCAGUGAGCUGGGCGACCAGAUCAGUGUCAUCAGCAGCGAAAAGCAAAAGAAAGGAGGCGGUCUCACUCACCAGCUCAGCGACGUCAGUCGCUUUGCCAGUGCUGGCUGGCAUACCGAUAUCUCUUUUGAAGCGGUUCCUUCCGACUAUGCAAUGCUGAAGAUUCACACGCUCCCACCAACCGGUGGCGACACGCUGUGGGCGUCGGGCUACGAAAUCUAUGAUCGCUUGUCUCCUAGUAUGCAGACCUUCCUGGAAGGGCUGACUGCGACACAUGACGCCAAUUUUUUCCACGAUGAGGCGAGACGUCUCGGCAACCCCAUUAGAAAGGAGGCCCGCGGUUCUCCAUUGAACCUCGGUGAAAAUCUCCAGGCAGUUCAUCCCGUCAUUCGAACGAAUCCCGUGACUGGGUGGAAAUCGGUGUACGUGAACAAGGGCUUCACCAAGCGCAUCAACGGUGUGACAAAAGAUGAGUCAGACAUGCUCCUCGCCUAUCUCUUCAAUCUCGUGACUCAGAACCACGACGCUCAAGUCCGCUUCAAGUGGCGAAAGAAUGACUUGGCCGUCUGGGACAAUCGCAGCAUGUGGCACUGUGCCACCUACGAUUACGCUGAGGCGCGGGCUGGUGACCGUGUUGCCUCUCUCGGGGAGGCACCUUAUUUGGAUCUAUCCAGCAAGAGCAGACGCGAGGCACUUGGGCUGUAA